UUGUCCUUCCUGGAGAUCUGCUACACCUCAGUCACCCUGCCCAAGGCACUGUCCAACCUCCUCUCAGAGAAUAAAGCCAUCUCCCUUGCUGGUUGUGCUGUACAGAUGUAUUUCUUUCUAUUCUUUGGUGUUACUGAAUGCUGCCUCUUUGCAUCUAUGGCCUAUGACCGCUACAGUGCCAUAUGCAAACCACUGCAAUACAUGACCAUCAUGAAUAAGAGGGCUUGCAUUCAGCUGACAGGUGGCUCGUGUAUCUGUGGCACCCUGGUGGCUGUGGGGCACACAACCUUCAUCUUCUCACUUCCUUUCUGUGGGUCCAAUGUGAUCAACCCCUUCUUCUGUGAGAUCCAGACAGUGCUGAAGCUGGUGUGCGAGGACACCUACUGGAUUGAGAUCCAGAUCUCUGUGGGUGCUGCAUUUGUCCUCAUGAUGCCUUUCAUGCUGAUCCUGGUGUCCUACAUCUGUGUCAUCUCCACCAUCCUUAAAAUUAGGUCUGCCAAAGGCAGACGCAGAGCCUUCUCCACCUGCUCCUCACACCUCAUUGUGGUGACGUUGUUCUACGGGACAGCACUUAUCAUGUACAUGCGCCCCAAGUCCAGCUUCUCUCCAGAUGUGAACAAGUUACUCUCUCUGUUCUACUCAGUGGUGACUCUAAUCUUGAACCCCAUGAUCUACAGCCUCAGCAACAAGGAGGUGAAAGAUGCCUUGAGGAAAUCAGGGAUGAAGGUAUUUCAUCCACAAAAAAUAGGUAUAUUUUUCUCCAGCUAG